AUGGAAGAUGAAGCAAGUCGAACAACCAAUGUCAGUGGAAGCGCACCUAUUACUGAGUCUCUUGAUUCAACACCAGAAGUUGAACAAAAUCCAGUGAAUAUGAAAAAGAAAGCUAUAGAACCAAGAUCCGCUGCUUGGCUGCACUAUGAUAAGCUCAUAGAAGAUGGAAUUAAUAAAACAAAGUGCAAGUAUUGUGGUAAAGUUCUCUUAGCUGAUCCAAUUAGAAAUGGAACAACUGGACUGAUUAAACAUUUGAAAACUUGUCCUAGAAAUCCAAAUAAAGUUGACACUUCCAAUUCCAAGUACAAACAAUCAAAUUUAAACUUUCCAUUAGAAGGUGAAAUGGGUGAUGGGGCAACUUGGACUUUUGAUCAAGAGCUCUCUCGGAGGGCUUUAGUUGAGAUGUUAAUUCUUGAUGAGCUUCCUUUUCAUUUUGUUGAAAAGGAAGGUUUUAGGGAGUUUAUAAAAAAAAAUCAACCUUUAUUCCGAGUUCCCUCCCGUAGAACAGUGACUAGGGAUUGUUAUUUAGUUUUUGGUGAAGAGAGAGAAAAGUUUAUAAAGUAUUUGAAAGAAACAUCACCGAGAGUUUGUCUAACCACAAACACGUGGACUUAUAUACAGAGAAUAAAUUAUAUAUGUUUGACAGUGCACUUUAUUGAUAGUGAUUGGCUCUUGCAUAAACGAAUUUUAAACUUUCAGGUUGUCACUAAUCAUAAGGGUGACGAAUUGGCCCGCUGUAUUAGUAAGUGUUUGCUUGAUUGGAAAUUGGAGAAAAUAAUCACUAUAACUAUAGAUAAUGCUUCUUCUAAUGAUGUCAUGGUGAAAGAGUUACACAAACAAAUGGUUAAUUGGGGAUCUAACAUGAAAUGUGGUAACCAUUUUCACGUGAGAUGUAUGGCUCACAUUUUAAAUCUUAUUGUGCAAGAUGGCAUGAAAGAAGUUGGUCCAGCUAUCAAACGUGUUAGGAAAAUGGUGAAAUAUGUUAGACAAUCUGCUGCAAGGAUUAGAAAAUUUGCGGAAUGUUGUGAACUAAAAUAUAUAGACAGUAAGAAGUCAUUAUGUUUAGAUGUUUCGACCCACCGGAAUUCGACCUACUUGAUGUUGGAUGCCGCACAACAUUUUGAGAGUGCAUUUGAUAGGUUUGAUCUUGAAGAAGGUGGAUUAUCAACUUAUCUUGCUACUCAUGUUUGUGAUGAUGGAAGUGUUGCAGGUGUACUUGAAAGUGAUGAUUGGAAAAAGGUGAGAAACAUGGUAAUAUUUGUUAAAAGGUUUUAUGAUCUAACUGAGAAGGUUUCAGGUUCACUCUACGUCACUUCUAAUGGUCAAUUUGAAGAUAUAGUUAAGCUUCACAAUCAUUUAAGAGAGUGCAUGGAAGAUGAUGAUCCUUCUUUGGAAAAAAUGGGAGAAAAAAUGAUAGAAAAGUUUGUCAAGUAUUGGGGUGCUCCUGAAAAAAUGAAUAAAGUGCUUUUUAUUGCCUCUAUCUUAGAUCCUCAUAACAAACUUGAGUAUGUUGGCGAUGCACUUGAGGAUAUGUUUGGAGAUGAAAAGGGGAGUGAAAUAAAAGAUGAAGUGGUGACUUACAUGAAAUCUAUGUUUGAAGAGUAUGUAGCAAAAUUCUCUAAUGCAUCUUGA